CCAAGGUGGUGCACCUCCAAUUCAAUUUUCCAACCAAAUCAAUUCAAGUCACUAUGAGCUCCUACUUCCUCGUUGGAACGGACGCUGACGUUGAAAAGGCCUUGGAAGCGUAUCAACCAGACUCCGAUUCCGGACCUGAAAUCAUACAGCAGACCAUCAAUGACGCUUGGGUUGGCACUUUCAUCUACUACUUCUUCACUGAGCACGGUGAUCUUGAUCUGCGCCAAAGUGUGAUAGACUUUGUUUGCAAGCACCGUCCUGGAGCAAAUCCCAGGCUCGGAGAGCCCUGGAACUUUGGCUCAUACAACUUCAACAUCGAGAUAAUAUUUGACGAUGGGAUCGUCCUCUUCAGAUUUCCAAUUCCGGGGGUUGGUGUUUACCCUGAUGACAAGAUCCAGACUGAAGUUGCAACUAUGCGCUACGUCGCCGACCACACCAACAUUCCGGUACCACACAUUUACCGCUGGGGAACAGCGGCGGAAAAUCCAACCCGCCUCCAUGUGCCCUUCAUAAUCAUGGACUAUAUCCCUCAUGCUACUACUAUUGGCCAAGCACUUGAAGACCCCGACUUUAAGAUUCCUUCUAUACCCGAAUCAGAGAAACGGGACUAUCUCUACCAGCAGAUGGCCGAUAUCUCAUUACAGCUUUACAAGCUCAGCUCAGACAGGAUCGGCUCACUCGAAAUCCUAGAUGACGGCAAGUACGCAGUUACUUCGGCACCUCUUCCACAUAAUACAGCCUAUCAAGUCGUCAACUGCAGCGUUCCUGUCGCUGUUCUCCCCCCUCGCGACGAAAUUUACUCGUCAUCAAAGGAAUAUCUUGCAGACGCAGCAGAUAUGCAUGUUGCAGCGCUGCUGUUUAUGAACGAAAAGUUCAUGGGGUCGGCGGACGACUGUAAAAACAAAUUUGUUGCUCGCCACCUCGUGCGAAAGAUCCUGCAUGAGAGGCAGCAAGCGCAGUCAGGCCAGCCCCGUGAGGUUUUCAGAUUAUGGGGGGAUGACUUCCGCCCAGAGAGUGUCUUACUGGACAAAAACGGAGUAGUGGUAGGAGUUGUCGACUGGGAGUUCACGUAUUUUGCUCCUGAGACGUAUUACUCCAACCCUCCUUGGUGGUUACUGAUCGAGGCUAUGGACAAGCUCAUUGGCCAGGAUUCUGAUUCAAAUGCUGAUUCAGACACUCAUUCAGAAGCUCAUUCAGACGCUGACCGGGGCAUACCGGACCAAGGGGAGUUGUCUUGCGACGCUGUAAAUGUGGAAGAAGAAGACAACCGUCAUGGCAACUUCCUGAAGGAAUGGCACGAACUAGUGAGAACAUACCAAUGCGCUCUUGAAAAAGCGGAAGAAAUUCUGCAAGCCAAUGAUAAGUCCGGACUUCUUGGCAACCAUCUUUGCUCAAGAUCCAGCAAAGAUCAGGCUCUCUCGACACCUAUCGCACAAGAGCUCCCGCUUUCUCAGCUGAUGAAAUACCGCUGGGACGAGGAUGAGACGGAGUUUGCCCUUACGACUUCUAUAGCACAGAUCAAUCUGCUGGAUAGAUACUUUUGGGAUACCGUGGACAAGAGGUGCUGGGGAAAGAAUGCUAUAGGAGGGUAUAAGGGAAGACUCGAUUUGCUUAAUGAUCCGACGAAGAUGUUGAUGGAUUGGUUCGUUGUUCGACGAGCCAAGGAGAUUCACGCAUGGGACCCGAAAGCAAUCCUUGAUCGGGUUCUGGAGCAGAUGGAUGGUAAAUCUUCGGUAUUAGUUGUACAGGACGAUCCGGAACAAGGACACUAG